AUGACCGACGGGAAUGGAGCUGGGCCACAUCCGCUAGCAAGCCCAGCACUCAGCCCUGUCCACAGCCCAACCGGCAGCGCCGGUCCAACAGAUGGUGAGACUCGUCUUUUGGAGAUUCUUGCAGGAAUGCAGCAGAACCAGCAGGUGUUGACCGAGCUUCUGAGGAGCCAGUCCGAAUCCCGCGCAGCAGCAGCCGCUGCGACCACAUCCUACUCAGGUCUAGCGGCCAAAGACCUGAGCAAGGUGUUGAGGCAUCCUUCAACCUUUUCUUGUCAGACCCGAGAUGAGGAGCUGAUCAAGUGGCCAGCAUGGUCUUGGGAGUUUGAGCAGUAUUUGGGAACCUUAGAUAAGGAGUUUCAGGUGGACUUCACUCGCUUGAAAUCGAAUCCGAAAACUGAAGUUCUCCCUGCACAGCUGAGCGCCACUGAGCUCGACAGGUCACGCAUCAUGUAUGGCCUGCUUGCAUCGCUUUUGAACGACCGUCUGAAGCGUCUUCUUAAGACUGUGUCUGACAAUAACGGGUACGAAGCAUACCGCUUGAUCUCGCUUGACCUUCGCCCUUCAUCCCGCACCAGAGCCUUGGCCCUCAUGCAGACAAUCCACAAUUGGCCUGUGUUCGACAACAAGCAAGGCCUCCUGACUCAGGCCAUGUCCGAUGAUCAGAAGGUUGUUUCGCUUCUGAGAUGUUUAACAGGCCAACUUCGUCAGCAUGUGAACUUGACCAUGGAAGACUCCUGGACAUAUGCCGAGCUGCGAAGUUUGGUUGCUCGAUAUGAUGCUUCUUCGUCAAAGUGGAGUGCGUCUGUUGCAGCGACUUAUGGCCUGUCAGAGGGCAAAGGUGGUGUGCUUGUGAAUGCGCCUGCAGCAUCCAGUGAAGCCGUUCCAAUGGAAAUCGACCGCCUUCAAAAGGAGAUUGAUAGGCUAAGCAAAGGCAAGACUAAGAAGGGUGAUAAGGGAGAUAAAGUCAGACAGGUUGAAGACGCCGCUGUUGCUGAUAGCAGCGCUGCACAUGCUGACACAGCCGUGUCAGCUGCCCCUGCCAAGGCGAAACCUGCUGCAAAGCCCCAGGUGAGACGAGUCACCUACAACCUCGAUGACUUUGAUGAGUCAGCCGGAGGUGAGAUCCGCAUGGUGUCAGGUUGUGAUUCUUGUGUGGAGAGCCAAGACAAAGUAGACAGGCAAAGCAAGGGAGCUUCGGGUUUCUUUUGCAAAGCGCUGAGCAUCUUUUCACGUUGUGUGCCAUCGAGGUGGUGCGUUUUCCACAAUGCAUUGCCGAGUGAUGCACAGAGCGAGGCUGAGCACGCUUCGGGCGUGUGUCAGCGUGAUGUGGUUGAGCACACUUCGGGUGUGACCUCGACCAGUGGAUCAGUGCGCAUGGUCCAGCAGAAUGCCGAGCAUGGCAUGGAGAUCGAAGUCAUAAUUGACUCAGGUGCUGACGCCUCUUGUCUACCGCAAAACCUCAGCAUGCUUGGAGUUUCCUCUGGAAGGCCAUGGGAAGGUUUUCAAGAUGCCCAGGGGAAUCAGCUGCUAGUUCACGGGACUAGGCGAGCUGAGCUGAGCUUCGGUGAUCAGCCUGGAUUCACCGAAACGUUCUUGGUUGCUCCCCACAUCACCACACCUCUUCUUGCAGUUGGGAAGUUGUACCGCGCCGGAUUCAGCAUGGUGAACAAAAAUGGAAACAUGAGUCUUUGCAGCCCUAACGGAGAGAUCCAAAUCCCAUUGCAUUUCAGGCAGAAUAGCCUUGCUGCACGAUUGCAUGUGCGUAUGAUCCAGCAGGAUGCAUCCCGUGUCCGUGCUGUGAAGUGCACUGUCGCUGAUUUGGCUCUUCCUGAUUACUUUGUGCAGAUCAGUGAAGAUGUUUUCGGCAUGCGUGGAUUUGGAAACCGGUUCGUUGACAUCACGAUGGCGUUGCCUCAUGAGGGUUGCAGCUUCAGGAGCAUUGUUGCCAAGUGCCCCGAACCCAAUCAGUGGGAGAUUCUUGAGUGGUGCGAGAGCAUCGUUGAUGCUUCCGAUCUGAGUGGACCUUUGCCUGAGAAUGCCACCCGUGAGUUGAUCGUGUUCGCCACUCGCAAGAUUGUUUCCCCAGAUGAGCUUGGGUUGACAGUUGCAAGUGGCUCAGCCGAGUCAAGCAGACCUCAUGUGUUGCCACCACCACCUGAAGAGCCUGAGAAUAUGGACCAGGAUGAGCCACAACAGCAUGCAGCCGUUGCACCCGAUCCCGGGGCCGAACUGCAAGUUGAUGCAGCCCUGCGUGACGAGGUUGCAGCAGAUGAUGAUGGGACACUCGUCGUUGACGGUGUGUCGUUGAGCCUUGAAUCGACCCUUGCUGUUUUGAGGCAAGCUGCUCAGUCACUGGGGCUUGGUCGUUCCGGUGGUAAGUCCACUGUGCUGAAGCGCAUUAGAGAUCACUUAGCCCGCCAGGACAGGCCCGGCAGCAGCUUGCUGCUGCUGAAGAGCGUGUGCCAGUGGAGCAGAAACAUGUUACAGCACCAAGUGAAGAUGCAUAUCGUCAACACUGCCUUACCCACACACCCUACAGAGAGUGGUGUGCCCACUGUGUUGCCUUCCGCCAAGACCGAAGACGACCAUCGUGCAAGUUCCGUCUUGUGCUUUGAUUUUGCAUAUACCAGUAGGGUUGAUGGGGGUGACAAGUUGUGCUGCCUGGUUGCAUACGACACGCAGACUAAGUGGUUGCAGGCAUGGCCGGUGCCGAGCAAAGGUGGAACUGCUUGCCGUAACUACAUGGCAGUUGAGCUGACCAAGCUGCUGUCGUACCUUGGGCACAGACGAAUCACCCUUCGUGCCGACCCAGAGGGGUCAUGCACUGCGCUUGCGAAUGCAGUCCAGGCACUCAGGCACCGCAUUGGCAUGGAGACCCACAUUGAACAAACCCCAGUGGGGGAGCACCAAGGCAACCAUGCAGAAGGUGCCAUUGAGCGCAUCAGACAACUCGCAGGGACAAUGCUCUCUGAGCUCGAGGGCAGAUUGAACAUCAAGAUCAAGACUUUCGACCCGUUGCAUCACUGGUGUUGGCGUCAUGCCAGCUGGACCCUUCAACGGUUUGGUGUCACGCAAAACCUCACACCAUGGGAGAGAGUGCAUGCAUCACCAUAUGGAGGCAAACUUGUCCGUUUUGCAGAGUGUGUCCUGGCACGUGUGAAAACUGCUACAAAGGGCAAACCUCGGUGGCUUCGGGCCAUGUGGUUGGGGAAGUCAGAUGUUUCUGAUUGUCACCUUGUUUGCACUUCAUCAGGUCGCCUUGUCGUCGCCAGAUCAGUCCGUCGAACCACAUGUGAGUAUGAUCCCAGCCUCUUGCCUGCAUUGCGAGACACACCUGACAAGCACGUGUCAUUCCUUGCUGGACGUGUCGGAGCAAGUCGCAACCAACUUGCCCCAAAGCCAGUCACGGAGGAAGGCCCCGGCAGUGAGAGCGAGGUUGCAGCCAGCGACCCGCCAACAGAGAAUGAAGAUGUCUUCGACAAUCCCCAUGACAUUGCCCUCGCCCCUUCUUCUGUGAGAUUGCCAGCCGAUGGCAUGCCUGCGACUCCCGAUUAUCGACCUCCUGCCCAGGAACCAUCACAACCUUCCAGACUUCCACCACGAUCAGCGCCUCCUGAGAGCGCACUGGCCACAGGAGAGCCCAAGCCGUGUCAGGCACUGACCCCAAACCCUAGUCUGGGUGUAGGCCUUAACCCCGGUCAGCCGACCACCCCGGUUGAUGAAAUAGGGGGACUAGAAGGUUUAGACAGUGCCAUGGCUGAACUUGAACAGGUUCAUGAAAGAGCUGAAUUUGAUGGUGAUGUUCAGGAAGCAAAGCGCCAGAGGAUCCGGGCAGUGAAUUCCCAUCACCACAACGAUGAAGUCGUCCACUUAGAAGACCUAGGCCUUGGGUCAGACACUGACCUCAACGAGUCAGUUGAGGAUCCGCCUGCAUGGAAUGCAACCGACAAUUUCGAAGAUGCCAAGAACAUCCCUGAAGAGUUGUGGAGGCCUUUUGGGGCCGGUGAGCCUCAGCUGUCAAGUGAAGAAUUGGCCCACAUUGACGACAUAGCUGAAGCAUUCGAGUUAGCCCGACUUGAAACCAUGAAUGUUCUUGAAAGGCUACCUGCCACAGCUGACUUCAGCGGGUUUAAGCGUCUAAGCACAAAAAUGGUCAAAACUUGGAGAGUGAAACCAUCGCCGAAAGGAGGUGGAGAAGCUUUCCUUCGUCGGGCCCGUUUUGUCGCCCGUGAGUUCAGGUGGCUCAGUGCCAUGGUGGACAACGAGGUGUUUGCACCUGCGUCGUCGAAUGCACUUCUUCGGGUGCUGCCAGCUGCGCUUGUUGCACGUCAGCCUGAGGGCUGGACGGCCCUAUCCUUGGACGUUGCAGAUGCUUAUCUGACGGUUCCGCAAGCCGUCGAUACCAUCGUUACCAUAUGGGUGAGAGGUGAGCAAAGAUACAAGCUACUCCGAAACCUCCCAGGCCAACGCUCAGGAGCCAAGGAUUGGUUCCAAGCGUUUCAAGCACACCUGAUAAAGGAAAUGGCCAUUGAACCGCUGGUGGAAGCCCCACCAUUCCUGGAGGUUCAGAUGAGGGCCAUGGCGGGGGAGGCGGGGGUCUUUGCCACGUUGAUGAUCUUUUUGCAGACGGGCACGCUUCCUUUAUGGACACAGCUAACGCCACUUGAUGAGGAGAAGUCAGGAAUCUACAGAAAGUGCAUUGGGGUGCUGCUUUAUGUGUCAAGCGAUUAUCCUGCUGCACAGUAUGCAAUAAAGACAUUGAGCAGCAUGUGUGGGAGUCCCAAUGAGGGAUCAUGGCGGUGCCUGCGCCACCUGGUGAACUACAUGUUCUUCCACGAGAAUCACGUCACUUGCCUUCGGACUGAGGGCAAAGGCAUCGGCCUGGUUGUCCGAGAUGACACCCACACCUUGGAGGUGUUCGCUGAUGCUGAUUGGUCAGGGAACAAGUCAACACGAAAGAGCACCAGUGCCGGAUGCAUAGCCUUCGAUGGGAUGGUGAUUCACACCUUUUCCAGAAGCCAGAGCUGCGUGAGUUUAAGCAGUGGAGAGAGUGAAUAUAUCGCAUGCGUGAGUGCUACAUGCGACGGCAUCCUCCUUCGCAGUGCCCUGCAGCACAUCAUGCGUGUUGAUGUGUCCAUGCACCUGUUCACAGAUUCCAGCGCAGCUCGGGGGAUCAUGGGAAGGCAGGGAUGCGGACGUCUUCGCCAUAUCUCCGGACGCUUGUUAUGGUUGCAGGAUUUCUUGUUCAAGUGGAAGAAAGCGUCGCUACACGCAGUACCGACCCUGACGAAUCCUGCUGAUUUGUUUACAAAGUCCUUGACAGGAGCCCGUGUCCGUACCUUGAGCCACAUCCUUGGAAUCCGUGAUUCACACGAUGGAUUUUCAUUGGUCGGGACAACUGAGUUUGAGGAAUUACAACGCCGUGAGCAGGCAAAGAAGUUUCUUCGUGCUGUGAGGAGCACAGGUCGAGGGAAUGCCGAGGCGUUGCAUCUUCUUGCAUUGCUGGUUCAGGUCGUGGGUAACAAGGCUGCGGAUGAUGAGGACCGAGCACAGUUUGUGCCUGACUCGCCCGCAUCAGCAGGCGAGGAUGCAUACCCAUGGACCAGCUUUGCUUUAUUGGAGACUCGUCUCCUAUAG